UCCCCUCAAAGCUCUUUGUCUAGACCAAUCAAAGAGCUUUUCCCCUACUACUCCUCACUCCGCCCUUCCUCUGUCCCACUGCUAACUCUCACACAGGCAUCAUGGGUACGGUGCUGUCGCUGUCUCCCAGCUACCGCAAGGCGGUGCUGUUCGAGGAUGGCCCGGCCACUGUAGGCCACUACACAGCGGUCCAGAACAGCAAGAACGCCAAGGAUGCCGCCGCAGCAGCCGCAAAGUCCCUCAAACGGCCUUCUAUCAUCAAUGUGUUGCCAUGGAAACGCAUCGUGGCCGUAUCUGCGAAGAGGAAGGGCUCCAAGAAGCUACAGUCAGACAUCGGGGACGGUGGGAAAGGGAACUCACCGGAUGGCCACGGCACUGCCAUGGCCAACUCAGCCUCCAAUAGCCUGAAGCUGAAGAAGUCUCAGUCCUGUGCUAACCUUUCAUCUUACACAUCCAGCCAGGACCCCUCGGCCACUACCACCACUACCUCCUCCCACCUGCCUACUUCCAAGACCCUGGCCAACGUAGUUACUGUUGCUGCCAAAAAGAAUUCCCUGACAGGCUCCGGGAUCCAGCCGUCUACUGCAGCCGGCACGCCAAAACGUGUCAUCGUCCAGGCAUCCACCAGCGAACUGAUGCGCAGCCUGGGCGAGUUCCUGUGCCGUCGGUGUUACCGACUGAAGCGUCUAUCCCCGACGGAUCCUGUGCUGUGGCUGCGCAGCGUGGACCGCUCCCUCCUCCUACAGGGCUGGCAGGAUCAAGGCUUCAUCACACCGGCCAACGUGGUCUUCCUCUACAUGCUGUGCCGCGACGUGGUUUCGUCCGAGGUGGCCUCAGAGCGCGAGCUGCAGGCCUCGCUGCUCACCUGCCUCUACUUGUCCUACUCCUACAUGGGCAACGAGAUCUCCUACCCACUGAAGCCCUUCCUGGUCGAGGCAGAGAAGGAAGCCUUCUGGGACCGCUGCCUGGAGAUCAUCAACCGCAUGAGCGGCAAGAUGCUCCAGAUUAACACCGACCCGCACUUCUUCACCCAGGUGUUUGCUGACCUAAAGAACGAGAGCAAGAAAGAGGAGGAGAAGACCAAACUCCUCAUAGGCCUUGACCGAUAAGAAGGAGCUGGGAGGGGGGAAGGAGGGAAGGAUGGAUAGAAAGAUUGAUGGAGUUAGGAGGUUGGUGGACUAAUGUAAUGCAGUGUAGCGAUACCUUGGAGCAGUACUGUUGUCUGGCGUCUCUACAGGUUUAUCAUUAAUCAAAUCAUUAACCUGUUUGAACAAAGAGCUUCUGGCAUUAAACACAGCAUUUAAAUCCUUUGAGUAGGGUAAUGAGCCACCCAAACACUAACCGGCUUACACCAGAGGCAGAUACUGAACUGCAGUGUCUCACCUGAAGCCAGUAACUGGCCUACAGAUCACCUUUAUGACAACAAAGCAGAUAAAAUCAGGGUUACUGUGGUGCUGGCCACAACACCAGGCUCAUUAUUUGACAUGAUUGGAUCUGAUUAAAUUCACAAAACUGACAGGCUACUUGUUGCCUGGGUCAGUUGGCUCAGGAUGCAACAAUAAAAAGAUAUGAGUCGUUCAAGAAAAAUGUAGCUGACAACACAGAUGGAAGCUAUGUUUUUAUCAAAUGCCUGGCCAGCAGGGUCGGUGACAUUAACAGGCUGAGAAAGAUAGCUAUCAUUUUUAUCUGUUGCCUCAGGCCCAGAGACACGCAUCCGUCUGACCUGUACCUUGUUUCAGUGAGAUAAGAAAUUAUAUCUGAUUGAUCUGACAUCAUUUUCUGUCUUUUCACAGAAAUGAAUGGGUUUAGAAAUGCCAGACAACAUAGAUUCACUCGUUUAGGCUAGAUAUUAUAAAUAUAAAGACACGGGACAUUGACAAGAUUAUAUUGUGUGAUAGCAUCCAGGCAUCUUCGUUAUAGAGAAAUGUCAGGGUAAUUGAAAAACCAUCUUGCAUGAGGUCACUUCAUAUCUCCUUGCACAUGUCCACCUGCUUAUUGCCAACUCCACUUUACCUUAUUCCUAUUGUCCUGCCCACGCUUAUUGCACUCACCAACACUGGCUGUGAGGUCCACUGUUGAAACUUUAUGCGCAUUAAAUAAAACCAUAUAAUGGAUGAGCUAGAAUCAACCACAACUGGUCUGCAAACUUAUCGGACUGUGAAAUUAAAGUCGCUAUUCGGCGUAAUUGUACUGUAGUGGGUUAAUCCAUUCGUAUCUUACAUAAAGUACUGUACUUUUAAGAGAAGAUUAGGGUUUAUCCAGUCAAAUCUGCUAUGAAUUGGGAGAUCAGUUAUUUAUUUUUAAGAGUAUGAAAUGCUAAUCCCUUGGGCACAGAUUAAUAGUUGUCAAACAAGCCCUCCUGUAAGCUGUUUACAUUUACAAAAACAUGGGGAAAUGCAAUACUGACCCCUCCAGGGCAUAUUUUACACUGGGAAUUAUUUCAUUCCUUCCUGUUCCCCUGCACUUUCUCCUGCAGUCCAUAUUGGUGCUGUCCUGAAUGACCACAUGAAAAUGAAAAUGUUUGAAAGAAAGAAAGAAAGAAAGAAAGAAAGAAAGAAAGAAAGAAAGAUUUCUGUUUUAAAACACUGCACUCAUGUUGUGUGCUUCGUACUGUAUGAAUGAUUGGUGGAGCUGGGUUGUGGAGGACGAGUUCUGGGUCGUAGAGGAGAUCUCAAAUAAUGGCCACAAACGUCAGAAUGAGAGAAAAUGUGAUUAUAUUCCCGGUUUGUGUGGGCGGGGGCAGACGCUACAAGUGUAGAUGAGACUUUUCUUCCAAAACAACACUUUGAUGUUGCUGUCGCCUCCUGGCUGGAGGGACCACCUGUUUGAAGUGUCGCCCCCUCCUCUCCCCUCUCCCCUCUCUCCUCCGCUCAUUACUUUCCACAGCAACAAACUAAAAUGACAAUCUGCUCCAGUCUGGUCUGAACCGGUCCUGUCAUGUCUGGUGCGGUCCAGUUCGAUCCAGUUGUCCCAUAUUUAGAGACUCUCUCUGUUGACCCGAUGGCUUACUUAUUCACCGAGUUGUUUGACAUGCAUGUGUGCUUCUAUAGGUUUCCUAGCAUGCUGCUUUGUGUUGGACACACCGCACCACAUGUUACAGAAGAGACUGAGCUGUCGCCACACUGAACUGCUGAAAGCUAGGCUCAGUGAUGUGACAUCCAGGCGACUCGGCACAAGGACUCUCUAAUGAAGGAAAUGCGUGAAAGGCUAGUUGUAUCCCUGCCUAUGCUGCACAUAUAUCGAUAAAGGCAAGUCCAAGCAUCGGACGCUCAUCGGAAAGUCCGCUGCUCUUGGUUCCAUGGUGCUUAGGGGCCUAAAAGACCCCUCCAAUAUUAAACAAGGAGUUUUUAACUGGUUAUGAAUUUAAUUCUUUUGCCUCUGUCGGACCUAAAUAAACUAACAAGACCAUCACUGAGAAGAUUGGCUAUUUCUACAUACUGUAGUUAUUCUUAAUGCUUGCUACCAGUUUUAUCCUAGGUAGUCUAAACCCAAAGUCACGCAAGAGUUUAAAUCAUUUUGUUUGGCUAUUUAAGGGCAAUUCAGCUUUGCAAUUGAAUAAAUUUGGGGCUUCAUAAGAUAUAAAGAAAUUGAAGGAGGUGCCAAGAAAUCUGUACUUUUAGUUCCUAGUAUGGGAACUAACUCCAAAAAUGCUAGAUCCUACAUUUCCCAUAGGACAAGUGGAUAGUAGUUUCUAACACAAGCUUUAUUUUAAAAGUUGUAAGUCUUUGGGUGCCCCGAUGGCUUACCUGGUGGAGCUGGCACCCCAUGUGCCAGGGUGUGGCCCUUUGC